AUGUUAAAAGCUCUUUUAAUUAUUUUUGUUCAAAUCUUAAUCUCAAGUUGUGAUGAUUCCUUUACGUCAGCGAAUCUAAGUCUAAUACCUGUCAAUUCCGCUAUUUCAGAGAAUAUUGGAUUCCUAGAGUUGGGAAAAUAUAGAGGAUUCACUGACGAUGGUGCCGAAUACCAAAAAACAUAUUUUGUCUCCAAAUAUUCUCGACCAUCUUGGGCUGCAUCAAGAUCAUUUUGCAACUCAUUUAAUAUGGAGCAUUUGACAAUUGAGACAAAAGCAGAAGAACAAGCAUAUCUUAAUCUUCUAGAAACAAAUAUUUACUUGAGAAGAUUUAGUGGAUUUUAUAUUUGGCUUGACGGAUUGGUAGAAGAUCCAAAAUCAAAAACAGAAUGGUUCUGGGCAAAAACCGGAAUCAAAGUUUCAUUUCCCAUCACAUGGCAUCCAAUUGAGCCAAACAAUGAAUAUUGUCUUGUGAUAUUCAGGCACACAAUUAAUGAAAAGUUUCUGUUUGGAACUGGUGAAUGCAACACUAAAAGAUGGUCUGGUUGUCAAAAGAUCGACUUACUCGUACCAUAA